AUGGCUACGAGCACACUUACUUCUACCGAUCAUUCUUUCACCAGCUGCAACACAUUGUCUUCAAAUCUCGCAAUGAGCGUAGAUCCUGAGUCAACUGAUCCCGAACCUUCGCAUGUUGCCACCUUCCUCACCGAACGAUGGUGGGCAACCGAGAUCUCGGCAGCGGACGGAUCGCUUGCGAUGGGCUACCACCCUGCUAUGCUGACAUCGCAAGCCCUCCUGCGGUUCUUGCACCACGAUCGACACGUCGGCUCUCUCGGACUGUCUGACGAUCUCCUCUCCGUCAAGAUACCGAUCACAUUGAUGGAUAUCCUCACUCGGACCCUCGAGCUGCAGAACGGGGACGGAUCCUGGGGCGAUAAGCCGAGCCGCGAAGCGACAGCUCAGGCUGUCAUAACGCUGGCCAACCUCGCCUCUCUACCCUACGUCGAGCUUAUCCGUGAUCACAUCUACAGUGCCAUCGCCGCGGGCCGCAGUUAUCUGGUAUCUGUGGACGCCUUGCUUCAAUCUAGAGUCUCCGUAGAUUCUAGUGAGCACCGCCAGGCUAUCGAGGUUGAAGAAGGAGUAAAUCGCUCGUCCGAACCCUAUGCUUCCACCGCGUUGCACCUUCCUAUUCCGCUCUACGAUCCCGCCUCCGCGGAUACUGGCAUAACGGUACCCACAGACAAGAUCCAAAAGUUCUGCCGGUUCUAUCACCAAUUGCCCAUUUACAAGGGAUACCCUGCUUGGCGACUGUUCUCAUGGCUCAUCACAUCCUACAUCUAUCUUCCCGAGCUGCGCAGAAUUCGUUUGAACGUCUUCAACAGACAGGGCAUGAACGAGGAUCCCUACUUCGAGUAUCUUCCAUUCUGUUGGAUUGGUCCUAAUUGCAUGGAGAAGACGUACGCCAGCCCCUACACGAUGUUCGAUCUCAUGGUCAUCAUCAUGGUUAACUUCCAAGUGGACGAAUUUUUCGACCUUGUCGUUCGGGACCAUGGUGAGGGGGCACUUGCGCACGUACAGCAAGCUGUUGAGGAGAUGUGCAACGACCUGGAGGACGGUGUGCUUCCAGACACGCUUGCGCCAUCUGAUGACGCGUCGAUCUCUCCGCAAGAGCAUGUCCGCGCUCGCCUAGGACACUUUCUUCGCUUCCUCUUCAGCUAUCCUCGGAUACAGUGCGCGAGCGACGCAGACAAGGCUCAUCUUCGCAAGGAGAUUCGGAUAUUUCUCAUGGCCCACGCGACGCAAUGCGAGGACAAUAUCCGUCUGCAGUCACAGGAGCGCACCGACCUUUUUUGCACUCCACGUUCAUCAUAUCUCAGAUGGGUGCGCUCAACUGCGGCAGACCACUUCUCGACGCAAUACACGUUUGCGUUCAUGACUUGCCUCCUCGGACAUGCAGGCAACAAGGGGCGCACAGCGAAGGAGUGGAGAGAUUACUUUCCCACAGCGGAGCUCAAGUACAUCGCUCAAGACUGCGCUACGCACGUAUCUGUUAUAUGCCGACAAUUCAACGACUACGGGUCGCUGAGUCGCGACCGGGAAGAACGGAACCUUAACGGCGUCUUCUUCCCCGAGUUCGAAGGCCGUAUCAAGGCCAAGAGCGAUCUUCUCCUGAAGUCCGAGCUCCGCGCCAUCUCGGACUAUGAGCGUCGGAUCAUGGACCUAACAUACGACGAGCUUCUCCGGGUAGCUCAGGGGGCGAUGGGGCCUGAACAGGGCAAGCGCGCGCACAAGCUGGUCCGAUUGUUCCGUAACGUCGGUGAUCUGUACAACCAGAUAUACGAGUUAAGUGGCCUCGAGAGUUAA